CCCGGAGCCACACAAGUACAGGAAAAGUUGGAUCCCCCGGAUGUUUGGGAAAAGACCCGCACAUUUACGCCAUUGAAACGUAUCGGUCAGCCCCUGGAUGUGGCCAAAGCCGUGGCAUUUCUGGCCUCAAGUGAUGCCAAGUUUAUUACGGGCACUAAUCUGUUUGUCGACGGGGGCCUCGUCCACAAUGUGGGGGCAAUGAAUAUGAUGUUUGGCGAUAUGAUUGAUGACUAUUAUAAUUGA